UUGAUCAUGGCGGUCAUGAUGAGUGAACAAGAGCAAUUCGAAAGCCUCUUGGCGUCUUUAAUGUCCUCGGACAACCAUGCCCGGAAUCAGUCAGAGGCAGCAUAUGAAAACAUCCCAACAUCUACAAAGAUUCCGUUUCUAGUGAGGUCCUUCCGGAAUGCUAAAGUCCCACCAGAGUCACGACAAAUGGCUGCCGUCCUGCUGCGGCGUGUCAUCAGCACUCACCAUGACGACGUCUGGCCCAAUUUAGGGGAGGAGUCUCAAGGGUGGAUUAAGGUGGAACUCUUGAGUGGCAUCCAAGAGGAGACAACUCCCCUGGUUCAGAGGAGGAUUUGUGACGUGGCGGCAGAGCUAGCCAGAAAUUUGGUCGAUGAAGAUGGAAACCUGCUUUGGCCGGAAGUUCUGGAAUUCCUGUUCAGUUGCGCUACUUCCAACAAUGUUUCACUCAUGGAAAGUGCAUUACACAUCUUCAACAACUAUCCAGGCAUUUUUGGCAACAGGCAGGCUCAUUACCUGGAGGUCAUCAAACAAAUGUUAGCACAGUGCAUCGCAGAACAGCAACAGCUUAGCGUGCGGAUACUGGCAGCCAAGGCUAUCAUUUCCUUCAUUCUUGCCCAAGGCAAUGACACGGCGACCCAGAAGCACUUUGCUCAUCUGAUACCUUCCGUGAUACAGGCUUGUGUGGAAAGUGUGAGGGUCGGGGACGAUGACACCUUGCUGAAGAGCUUCAUAGAGCUAGAAGAAACUGUGCCAAAACUGAUCCGACCACACCUUGAAACUGUCGUCUGUUUUGCACUAAAGAUUGUUGAAGACACAAAUUUAACAGAUAGCUGGAGGCAGCUUGGGCUUGAAAUGAUCGUCACAUUAGCAGAGACGGCGCCGGCGAUGUUAAGGAAACUACCGCAGUACAUACCACACAUCAUUUCCAAGAUGCUGGCAAUGAUGGUGGAUCUAGAGGAGGACCCAGAGUGGGCCAUGGGUGAUGACUUGGACGAUGACGAUGCUGACUCAAAUGCUGUAGCAGGGGAGAGCGCCCUCGACCGCUUUGCCUGUGGCAUUGGUGGGAAGACAAUGCUCCCUCAGAUCAAAGUGUCGAUACCACCGAUGUUGCAGAAUCCUGACUGGCGUUAUCGGCAUGCGGCCUUGAUGGCCAUUUCAGCGGUCGGUGAGGGAUGUCACAAACAGAUGGAGGCUAUGUUGGGUCAGAUUGUAGAGUCAGUCUUACCUUUCCUGGAAGACCAGCAUCCCAGGGUUCGCUAUGCCUCUUGCAAUGCCCUGGGCCAGAUGGCCACAGACUUCGCCCAGACAUUUGAGCGUAAAUUCCACCAGAAGGUCGUGCCGGGUCUGCUGGCAGUUCUGGAUGAUCACAGUCACCCAAGAGUACAGGCACAUGCCGGAGCUGCAUUGGUCAACUUCAGCGAAGCCUGCCCCAAGAACCUGCUCCUACCCUACCUAGACGCCAUCUUGACCAAACUGGAGGGUGUCCUUAAUAUGAAAAUCUCAGAGUUGGUUCAGACGGGGACUAAACUGGUCCUGGAGCAGAUGGUUACCACGCUGGCUGCUGUAGCAGACACAUCUGAGGAGACCUUCUUGCAAUACUACGACCGUUUCAUGCCCAACUUAAAAUACAUUGUCCAGAACGCAAACACGAAAGAGCUGCGGUUACUCAGAGGGAAGACCAUUGAGUGCAUCAGUUUAAUUGGACUGGCUGUUGGAAGAGAAAAGUUCUCCAUGGACGGCAAUGACGUCAUGCAGCUGUUGCUAAAGUCUCAGGUUGACCCCAACGACCUUGAGGAUGAUGACCCCCAGGUGUCGUACAUGAUCUCGGCAUGGGGUCGUAUGUGUAAGAUCCUCGGCCGUGAUUUCCAGCAGUACCUACCGCUGGUCAUGGGACCCACCCUCAAGACCGCAUCUCUUAAACCUGAAGUGGCCUUACUGGACGCCGAGGAGGCCAAAACAAUGACGGAAGACGAGGGUUGGGAGUUUGUCAACCUGGGUGAGCAACAGAGUUUCGGUAUCAAGACGGCGGGUUUGGAGGACAAGAGUACAGCUUGCCAGAUGCUCGUCUGCUAUGCCAGGGAGCUCAAGGAAGCCUUUGCUGAGUACACGGAGGAAGUGGCCAAGAUCAUGGUGCCUCUGCUCAAGUUCUACUUCCAUGACAUGGUCAGAUUCACAGCGGCUGAGUCGAUGCCAUUACUCCUGGAAUGCGUCAAGGACAAAGGUGAUGAGUAUGUGGCAUCUAUGUGGAGCUUCAUGUAUCCUGAAAUGAUCAAGGCUGUCCAGACAGAACCCGAAGUGGAGAUACUGCAGGAGCACAUGGAAUCUCUGUCAAAGUGCAUAGAAUAUCUGGGCUCAGGUUGCCUUAGCAACGAGCAGAUGCAGGAAAUAUCCAGAACAUUGAUUGACAUGCUGGAGGAGCACUUCAAGAGACAAGCAGACAGGCAAGAAAAGAGAAAAGAUGAAGACUACGAUGACGAUGUUGAAGAAAACCUACAGGAUGAGCAUCAAGAUGAUGCCUAUCUCCUCAGCAAGGUCUCUGAUAUUGUCCAUGCCAUCCUUGGCACACAGCGUGAAGCAGGGAUACCAUUCUUUGAACAACUGCUCCCCCAUGUCGUCAGACUUCUGUCAGUAGACAGGCCUUGGACGGAUAGGCAGUGGGGAAUUUGCAUAUUUGAUGAUGUCAUAGAAUACCUUGGGCCAAAUUCCUUUAAAUAUCAGGAGUACUUUUUAAACCCACUGCUGCAAUACGUCUGUGACCGCAGUGCUGAGGUUAGACAAGCAGCAGCCUAUGGCUGUGGAGUAAUGGGAAAAUUUGGCGGACCACAGUAUGCGCAGGCAUGCUUAGAGGCCAUCCCAACGCUGUCUGCAGUUAUUGCGGAUCCCCAGUCCAAAUCCAGAGACAACCUCUACGCGACGGAAAACGCUAUUGCUGCUGUUACCAAGAUACUGCAGCAUAACAACAGCAAGCUGAACCUGGAUGAGCUACUGCCUCUCUGGUUGUCAUGGUUACCGGUGACAGAGGACAAGGAGGAGGCGGUUCACGUGUACAGCUUCCUCUGUGAUCUUAUUGAAUCAAAUAAUCAUAUCAUCCUGGGCAUCAACAACGGCAAUCUGCCAAAUCUUCUGGCCAUCCUGAGUGAAGCGUUCUCCAAUGAUGCCCUUUGUGAAGAUGAAAAUGUCUUACAUCGAUGCAUCAACAUCGUCAAACAAAUCCAGAGCAACCAAGAACUUUGGACCGUCUGUGUCGCACAACUGUCAACGGAACACCAGCAAGCUUUAAUUGAUGCCCUCAAGAUGCUGGAACACUGAAUUUUGACCCACGACCUGUGGUUAGCCUGACCUUAUUGGAUGUUAUGGUUUGCUAUAAGCAAAGUAGAUGAGGGAUUUGGUUUGGAAUGGUUUCACCCAAGACUGGGUGGUUUGUUUCAAAGGAGAAAUGAAAAAUGCUUUUUGACAGCCCGAGUUUGUUGGAAGGUUGCCAAUUUGGCAUUUAGGGUGUAAGUUUCAACAGUAAAGCUCUCUGUGAUUUGUUGGUAACCAUUUAUGAUGGGCACACUGCCAGUUAUUAAUAUUGCUUCAUAGUUUCAAGGUUUCGUUGGCAAAUAGGGACGUGUCGCUCCAAAAUGUUGGUUGCACAUCAUUUGACAUGUUUGGACAUGCAGGGUGUCAUAUCUGUGUUGAAGUCCAAGAUUGCUGGUUACUUUCGUAGUAGUCUCUUGGUUGGGUUUUAUUUGCUCAUUUCAACAUGUUUGCUGCUAAUUGUAACAUUAAUUGUAAAUUUCCACUUGCCGAGUAGCAGUUCAAACAUACCGUCUAUCAAGUGCAACAUGGUGACUUGGGAGUCAUUUACCAUUUGUAUAGCGGCAUUGAAGAUUUUUGUCCAACUUAUUUUCCCAAAUUUCAAUGAGUUUGACAUCACAAUUUUGCUUUACAACCUUUUAGCGCACUGAGAAAAAAACAGAAUAUCUUGGCAGAGUGUAGAUGGAAUUUAUUAUUUUGUUCAGGCAAAAACUGAUCACUAAGGUAUUUUCAGAUUUUCCAUGGACAGACAUUAAAAUGAAACACUUUGAAAAAAAUCAGGAUUGUUGUAAUCAUGUAUGAAUUGGAAGAACUUAUUAAUCUUGUAAAAAGUAAGUAGUAGCCAUGAAUUGAAAUGGCUAAUUUCUCAUUAAGCACCAUUGAUUUCAUGUCAACAUGUACCAUAAGUCUAGUCUUUCUUGGAGAGUUUCAUAAUCCUUUGUAAGAUAAUCCCAAGAAUACAGUUCAGAGACUUUGAUUAUUUUUCCAUGGGCAGGUUGUGUCUGGUUGAUCUAUAGAUUCAUUUUUUUUUCUUUCUGGGGGAUGCAAAUUGUUCUUGGUGAAACAAAAAACCAAAAUGAAUAAAGUGUGUAAAUCUGAAAUAUGUGCACCUUACCCUACACAGGAUCUAUUGUUCUUUCAACUUCUAUAAAGGCAAACCAUGUACAUGUAGGUAACGGUCACAUUCAAAUGAAAGUAUGUAGAUGGGUGUAUUCUUAUUUCAGUAGCCAAUGGUAAUAAAUUUACAAGGUGUGAGAAUAUUCUACAUUAUUAUCUUCACAACCAAAGUUGAAGUAUGACUUUGUGGCUUUCUGAUAGGACAGUCAGACUCUUAUCUAUGAGUGCUUAAACAUCAAAGACAGGUACAUUAGACCAAAUCAGCCCUAGGAGGCAAGGAUACAACCUCAGUCGCUAUGUUACUCUGCGUGCAAUCAUGGAUCUGGUCCACCAGACCUAGCAUGAAUGAUGUCCAACUCUUGAAAAACUUUCUUUGAUAUUCCUGUCCAACUUGUACAGCAAUUUUCAUCAUUUCAGAAUACAUGCAAGUAUAGAAGUGAAAACUAGUCUUUGUACUUUGCUGUGGUCAAAAACAGUACAUUUAGCAAUUUCCACACGGUAAAUUAAUUAGGUUUUGCGGGAAAGUCUGCUGUAAAAUUAAUGCACGGAGUAAAAAAAAAAAUGCUUGCCAUCAAGCAGGUGACUCAGUUUCACUAAGCAAACUUCCAGUGUUAAUCAGACGUGCUUAGAAGGUAUGCAUAUGCCCCAUGACAUACACCACUAGGCAAAUCGUGUAGUUUGCAUUGCUUGUCAUAAGUCCUCAGCUGAUUUUCAUUUAGUAAAAUACUUAAAUGUGGACAGCAGUGGUUUCAGCUUAGCGGCCUUGGAAAUAAGCGCUGUAUUUUCAAUAUUUGCCUGGCAAUGAGAUCAGUUAUACUUCUAAAUUUAUGUUAAGCUACUCUGAAGAUAGUUGCCGAUGCAGCCAUUGACAAGUUCUCAACUAACUGAAGAUCAGUUAUUCACUUAUUUUGCAAUGAAACAAUUUCUUAACUUUUAAAGGUAAGAAAUUGCCAGUGGCACGUGAAAAUGUACAGAAAAAUGCGAGGAAAAAACCUUUUUACCAUUCACUGGUAAUCAUUUCAUUUUGUGUGGCGCAAUUGCCUGUAAUUUUAAAGAUUUUUCCUUGAAGAAAGGUUGCAUAAAAAUUUACAAGACUGUAUACUUUGGGGGUUUGUAAAGUAUACAAUAAGAGUUAACCUACGUAAAUGAAAUUUGACGUCAAUUACAGUAUAAAUAAAAUGUAAAGUGGUUUCUUUUGGAACGAA